GACAGGCAGAUUCAGAGAGAGUGCCAAAGAGUGAUGAGUGAGGGCAAGAGAGAAAUACUGUGGUUUUUACCGAAGAGUCUGAAUUUGAAUUUCAGAGGGAAACGCAAGAUAGGUUAGAGAGAGAGAGAGAGAGAGAGAGAGAGAGAGAGAGAGAGAGAGAGACAGGCUGAGGGGUGUGUCAUAGCAAUUUAGUUCCUCAAGGAAGUACAACUCAACAUUAUCUUAAGACAGUGUGGCAGUGACAGAGGCGCUGCAGGAGGGCUGUUUUUUUUCCCGGGGGGUUUUUGCUUCUGUUCGUGGUUAAGAUGAAGGGAUCUUGUUAAAUCAACCGGCCUGUGCUGUCAACCUGACAUACAGAGCAGAGGGAGAGAGAGAUAUCUGCCACAGACAAGGAGGGAGGGGGACUCAGCACACACGCACACAGCCAACCAUGGACGCCUUCAGCUCCAAGGACAUGGCCUUGAAGGCACAGAAGAAGAUCCUCAGCACCAUGGCCAACAAAAGCUCUGUGCAAAUGUUCAUCGAUGACACCACCAGUGAGAUACUGGAUGAACUGUACCGCAUCUCUAAAGAGUACUCUGGAAAUAAAACGGAGGCUCAGAAAGUCAUCAAAGACCUGAUCAAGAUUGCGGUGAAGAUUGGGGUGCUGUUCAAAAACAACCGUUUCAACAAAGAAGAGCUGGGAGUGGCCCAAGAAUUUAAGAAAAAGCUGCACCAAGGGGCUAUGACUGCUAUCAGCUUCUACGAGGUGGACUUUACCUUCGACAAGACAGUGAUGUCAGAACUCCUGACGAGCUGCAGGGAUCUGCUGCUGAAGCUGGUCAACGCGCACCUCACCCCUAAAUCUCACGGUCGCAUCAACCACGUCUUCAACCAUUACUCUGACCCGGAGCUCCUGACCAAACUGUACGACCCCAACGGCCCCUUCCGACCCAACCUCACCAAGAUCUGCAAAGGACUCAACAAACUGGUGGAGGAAGGAACAAUAUGACAGAGAAACAACAAAUGUCAGUCAGACACUGGGAGAUCUACAGGCAGACUCACCUAAGACUCUGGACUGUUGGACAAAAUUUGUCUUACUGUUUCUGAGGACUGGUAACGUAAGACAGGUAGUUUGAGAACAAAACUGCUGCCCCAUCGUUCUCAAAGAACAUGUGGGAUAAAAAUAAAGUUGGUUGAGUCAUUCCUCAGUUUUUUGUUUUUUUGUUUUUGUUUUUUAAAUGUUUGGAGGUGAUUUAUACUGUAUAAUUGUGAUAUAUACUUGUCUUUUCAGACAAAAUUCACAAAAACCAAACUUGAAUAUAAACUGGUUUAUAUAAUAUCAGCCAUUUUAUUAGAUAACGAAAUGUCAUCCAAUGUUUAAUAAUUUAACGUUGAAAUGUUUCAUUCAUUACUACUGAUGUGUAUUAUGGCGAGGAGGCGAGAAAACAUCUGGACAGAUUGCAUAGCCUGUCGGGGAACAAUGCCACUGUGAUACAGCAGUGCCAUCUGGUGGUCAAGAUGGUGCAUCAGCAACAAAAAUGUACAGCAUUUACUGAAGCAUCCAGAAGACAAUACAUCCAAUAAGAAAGCAAAUAACCUCACAGUGGACAAUUACUCCCACCAAUACUUUGCAGUUCCAAAACAUGUUUCAAAGCAUCACCACACUUAAAUAGCGUUGACUGUGCGAGCUUGAAUGUUAAUCCCAUAAUUCAUGUUUUUCUGAGGAACGGAUCACGGUCUUUGGCUGAGAUCAAGGUGUUAUUCUUUGGUUUUCUAUGAUAAAGACAUUGAAUUUCAGUGGACAAGGGAAAGUCAGGUCCUGACAGGAGAUUCCACAUCAUACCAUCAUCAAAUAUUAUAAUGCAGUGUUAAAGUGCCAUGCAAUUUUCCUGUGUGUACACAAUAACAUGGAGAAAAGUCAGUUACAAAAAGCUGUUUUUAAAGAUCAAGUACUAAUGAGAGUAAGUCUCUGGAGUUACCUUUUUGAGGUCCAAGAGUGCUCAUCCCUUCAAGACAAGUGUGGACAAACAUAUUUAGACCUGAACCUACACAUGGGAUCAAAACUUUUAUUUUAAAAUGAACUAUACAAAACUUAAAUGAUUCAAAAAUGUGUCCAUAACAAACAAUAAAAAUACUGCUGUCAAAAUAUA